AUGUCUCAGAAAUUUUGCUCACAAGAUUUUGUUCUAUUGAUUGUUCCUGUGAUGUUUCCGGGCUCGUCUUGGGAAAUAAUUUCAUUAUUAUCUGAAUUAGAAGAUUCCGGAAUAUUUGUAGCUGAUGCUUCGGAUAUUGCGCUAUUGCAUGGUUGA